UGAGCUAAGAAAUGGCGGCCACGUCAACCACGGUCGUCCCCGGUCAGCUACUACCAGUACGGUGCACUAGCAGCAGCAGCAGCAGCAGCAACGUCCGCGGCUGUGUCCCUUCGAGGACCGUCAAGCCAGCCAACUGUUCGGUCGGUGUGAAAACUGUUACGAAAAUCGUCAGCGGACGACGACCAGCAGCUGGAGGGCCGCAAUGGACAGUGUAGACCGUCGGCGGUCGAUAUCGGAUUCGAGUUCCCGUUUCCGCUAUCACUGAUCAGUUUGUGUGUGUGUGAGUGCGUUUUGGAGCUAGUCGAAGGGAGGUUGAUGCGCUGGCCUAUCAUCAGCUCCAGUGCCUACUGUGUGUGAUGGCGUUUUUGCGUUUCGAGUUGUAUUUUAAUUUGCCCGAUGCAGGCGUGAAAGCACAUCGCAGCGCUCGAGAAUAGAAAACUAUCGAUUUAUUGCGCCCGCAAACGUACGGAUCGGAAAUAGAUGUUUUGCAACGCAAAUUGAACCAACGACACACAGGGGUGUCAGAGAUAGAGAGCGAGAGCGAGAGAGAGACAGACAGAUAGGAAAAUGGCCCUAAAGACACAGUGUGGAGCUGGCUUGAACGCGUAAAAGUACACAAUAUUCUGAGUUUCUGUUUCGAUACAAACCAAAGCAACGAAGGGGUAGGAGCUACCCUGAGGGCUUCCAACACAGAACACUCGAACCCCCGAAAGGGAAGAAAUCUUUCACGAAGCAGUUCGGAUAUCGUUGUUCCGGGUGCUGUUGUGGGUUUCCCCAUCGUCCGUCAUAAGAAAUCUUCUAACCCGUCUUCUCGACAAGGAUUAGUAGCAUCCGGCUCCGGUACUUCUUACCGAUUUCGAGUGCUGUUCGACUGUUCGCCACCCUUAAGGAUUCUGCGCUAAAGAGGGCGGAGGUUGAGUGUCUUGCCAACGGAAGCUGCUUCCCCCUUUCCCGUAUGGUCGUUCAAGGAUUAUUGGUUCAACAGAGCGACACACUUACGGAAGCAAUUGCUCGCAGCGAACGAAGAGUGUGAGCAGCAUCGCCGCGCAAAGAAUUGUACAUGCGGCUGUGAAAGUGAGCGUUUUCUCCACAUGUCCUUGCUCUGUGUGGCGGGCGGACGAUUGUACUGCGCGUGAGGUGGGCGUGCUCAACGGAAGUGGUUUGGUGCAGCUGGUCUUCACACAAAAACCGCCCCACCUUGGUCAUCACCCAGCCGUGUGACCGACCUGUGUCAUCUCGUGCGUUGCGGGAAAGCGACGAUGGCUGUGACGCUGAAACAGGAGGUUAAUUUAUCGCGCCGUGCCUGCAGGCCCACAGACUGCUCACGAGAGCAGAGGACGCUGUUGGCGGACCGCCUGGCAGGGAACGGGGGCGGCUGUCGUCGGCACUACGGCGGCGCGAGUGAUUGUGGUGAACGAGGUGCUAACAACAACCCGGUGACGAUGCCGGCAAAGGAACUGACGGAUUGCUGCACCGGCCGAAGUGGUAGCCUUCUGACGUGCCUGCUGGCUACCCUCGCGAUGUGUGCGGGUCAAGUGUUAUUAAAGCUGCGCCACAGCACCGGUGGCUGGGAGCUGCAUCAGCCGCGGCUCGGCAGCCUGUGUAUAUAUGUAGUGUUCUGCAGCGCGCUGCUAUCGCACAAUGCCUUCGUUCUAGCUAGGCCCAACCUAAGCGCACCGGCCAGCGGCGAGAAGGUGUCGGUCGGUCAAUUAUCGCCCCUGGAUCUGGCGUUCGAUGCCAGCAGCGGACCGCUAACGAGUGCGAGUCAAUUAAAACGUUCUGCCGAGGCGGCGGCCAUCAUCGCCUCAACCGUACCGUCGUCGGACGUUGGCGACGACGGUGGUCAUGGCGAUGAGACCGCCGUCGGACAUGGUAAGGCUGCCGAAGGUGAGGGUGCACACGGUGGCAGCCACGACCGGUAUCCCGUUUCGCAGGUGGACUUUUCCCGCGUCGAAACUCCGUUCGUGAUCGGUGUCUGGAUUCUGUCUGCCAGCAUAGCCAAGAUUGGAUUCCACAUGACGCCCAAGCUGAGCCGCAUUUUUCCCGAAUCCUGCCUGCUGAUCGUGGUCGGCGUCAUCAUCGGUGUGCUGUUGCGGUACGCAACCAACCUGCACGUGUCGCCCCUGACGCCGAACACGUUCUUCUUCUACAUGCUGCCGCCGAUCAUCCUCGACGCGGGCUACUUUAUGCCGAACCGCAUGUUCUUCGACAACAUUGGCACCAUCCUGCUGAUGGCGGUGAUCGGUACGAUAUUCAAUAUCGCCACCAUCGGUACGUCGCUGUGGGCCUGCGGUCAAACCGGCAUCUUCGGCGUCGACCUACCGUUCCUGCACAUCUUCCUGUUCGCGUCGCUGAUCGCGGCCGUCGAUCCGGUGGCAGUGCUGGCCGUGUUCGAGGAGAUACACGUCAACGAGGUGCUGUACAUCGUGGUGUUUGGUGAAUCGCUGCUUAACGAUGCUGUCACUGUCGUAAUGUAUCAUAUGUUCGAGGUGUACAACCAAAUUGGUGCUAGCGAAAUCAUAGCCGUGGACAUCAUAUCAGGCAUUGCGUCAUUCUUUGUGGUUGCACUCGGCGGCACCAUUAUCGGUGUCAUCUGGGGCUUCCUGACCGGAUUGGUGACACGCUUUACCGAUCACGUGCGCGUUAUCGAACCGAUCUUCAUCUUUGUGAUGGCUUAUCUGGCGUACUUGAAUGCGGAAAUUUUCCACAUGAGCGGUAUCCUGGCUAUCACCUUCUGUGGAAUAACGAUGAAAAAUUACGUCGAGCAGAACGUGUCGCACAAAUCGCACACCACCAUUAAGUAUGCACUGAAAAUGUUGUCCUCCUCGGCGGAAACAAUCAUCUUCAUGUUCCUGGGCGUCGCCACCGUCAACAACAAGCAUGUGUGGAACACUUGGUUCGUUUUGCUGACAAUAAUCUUCUGUUCGGUGUAUAGAAUUUUAGGUGUUUUGAUACUGUCAGCGUUAGCGAAUCGUUUUAGAAUUCACAAGCUAACUAAAGUAGAUCAAUUUGUUAUGUCUUAUGGAGGCCUUCGAGGAGCUGUUGCGUUCGCGCUGGUGUUACUGGUGGAAAAGGAUCACAUUCCGCUGCAGCCCAUGUUCUUGACGACGACGAUUGCGGUCGUUUACUUUACCGUGUUCCUGCAGGGCAUCACCAUCAAACCGCUAGUCAAAAUUCUUAAUGUGAAGCGCUCGAGUAAGCGCAAACCAACCAUGAACGAGCGUAUCCACGAACGGUUUAUGGAUCACAUGAUGGCUGGAAUUGAGGACAUCGUGGGCAAGACCGGCAACUACAAUAUACGCGAUAAGUUUAAGAGAUUCGACAAUAGGUUCAUUCGUCCAUAUUUGAUCAAGAAUUUACAGGGUCCGGAGCCGAAGAUUUUGGAAACCUACUCUAAGCUAACGAUGCGCGACGCGAUGGACUACAUGCGGCGCAACCCAUCCACCAUCGGACAAAUGUCUGGAACUGAAUCAAUGAGUGCAUUAUUUAGAAACUACACGUCCUACUUCGGCGGAAGGUGCGGCGCCACAAUGCUCGGCACAUGCCCUAGCUUUACGAACCUUGAAAAUUCGACCCGCAACCUGGACAUGCAGGAGCUGGACUACAAUCCUUCGAAGAAAGACUUAACGGAUGCCAAAAUACAUCAUUUGCUGUCGGAGGAGCUUAAACCGUACCGCCGGGCUUCGCUACAUACGGCUCGACGACUUAGCUACAGCCGCCAUGCUGUUGACGAUCGUGAUCUAUCAACACAGGUCAACUAUAAAAUGCAGAUGAACAUUCGCCGUAUGAUAAGCGAAAAGAAACAUCACAAACGCAGCAAGCGUGUGAAGGAUGGCAAGCAGCAGAAUCACGUCUCGUUCCCGGAGUUUGUGCAGAACGGAUCUGCGAAACAGUUUGCGAACGAUUACAUCAACGAAGUGCUGCACGAAGACAACGAGGACGAGGAAAGACAGGCGGGACCGGCGGAAGAUUGGGACGGAGGUGGCCUUACCUUUACCGCCAAAUCAUCGCCCGCAUCGCCGGCUAUAAGUGUGAAGCAUACGCUGACCGGCGGAGGUGACCGUGGUGCAAUGGACGAAAGAGGAGCCGAGAAGGAAGACAAACGGUUUUCGCGCGAAUCACGCUUUUUGGAAUCGGAGCAACGGGUCGCAACACCGACUGCAAUCGAAUCGGUUCUGCCCUGGAAACGGGUCGACGAGAGUGACGAUAAUGGUGCUAUCAAACAGAACGAGUUCCCAUCAUGGGCUUCGAACAAGGAGUAUCUAGCUUACAAUUCACCAAGUGCAACAUUUUUGGGUGGCUUAACGCAACCUAAACAGGCUAAGUCCGUAAUAGGUCUGUUCCGGCGCGAGAGUUCCGGUUCCGGCGGGGUCGUCAUCGGCGGCGUGACUGAUUCCGAGACAUCGACCCCGGUGGCGGCAACCACACCGGUCGGGCGCGUCGCCGUCCCCAAGGACAAGCGUUCGGCCUCCAUCGCCGGGUACAUCACGAUCGGCGACGGCGGAGAAGCGGCGGGCAACCCGAUGCUGGAUCCGCUCGGCAUUUCGCGGGCCGGACCGCACGCGAACGCGUUCCCCGUUACCGCCAGCCAUCGGCGUAACAAUCGCCGUGGAUCGAUGCUGGAGCUAAGCGGCGAGGCAAUCCCAGAAGAAAACUACACCAAAUCCCUCCCCGAGCGAGACAAGUACGGAGCCCGCCGAGCACCAGGUCUAAUCAAAGCGUCAUCCACCAACACACCGAAGUCGGCGGCCGGGCGUCGAUCGGGCGGCCCGGUCAACCCGCAAACUACGGCCCUCCUGUCCGCCAGCUCGACCGAUUCGGACGACGAUGAGGAUGAAGUCGAUGGGCACCGGUCCGGCGAUGCAACGCGCCGUCUAAACGGCGACGGAAACAACGACAACGACGAGGACGAUGAGGACGACGACGAUGAGGAUGAGGACUGCGCGGACGAGCAGCACCCCAUAUGAGAAAUAUUCAUCUAGGGUAGUCGUUCGCACUAUCGUGGUAAUCAACGGUGGCUCACCUUCGCGUGAAGGUCGCUUUACUGGUUGGCCGACCAAGCAAAAUGCGGCCAGAAAAUGUGUGAUUGAGGUAGAUUGCAACAACAAAAAACGCUUUAGCGCUUCUUCCAACUCGUUCCCCCGCGCAUUCCGUGUAAUCCGAUGCCUUAGCGAAGGAUGUAGAGAAAUCGAGCGAAAACAAAAACCAAAAGGAAUUGUGUCCGGUUCCGCACCGGUCUUCUCGCACAGCUCGUGAGGUACAUCCGUCGGUAGCAAGAAGAAAGCAGACAAACCCCGGUGGCUAAAUAAUUACUAUUAUUGCAACAUCAACUACUAUUACUACUACUAAUACUACUACUACUCCAACUACUAUCACUACUCGAACGUUGUGUUAUGUUGCUGAAAGUAUUCGAAAGCAUUCCGGUUUGCGUUUAGGUAAUGAUAGAUGGGAGCCCCUCUCAGUACUGUCCGAACGGUCAGAACGAAAGGAAAAAGGGAAAAAUCUGCACACCGUACUUAGUAGCUGUGAGCCGAGUCGGACGGCCGCAGAAUGGACCGCAGCAGAAUGGAGAGAUAGUUUAUUUUGGGAAUUUAGAUUUUAACGAAGAGACAGCAAAACAAUCGAUCGUUAUAUAGAAGAUGUAGCUAUAAGAGGGAGAUAGAGAGGGAGAGAGAGAGAGAGACGGCGAGAUAAGGGGAAAGGUAGAAAUGUUUUAGUUUUACACAUCAUUUACAACUCACUAACGCGGGUAAAGUAGAAUGAAGCAGAAGAGUGCAGAAGAAUUUGGUGCUAUUAACAAAUGCAAGACCGCGGUGAUACUGACUUUCCCCGGCACGAUCGAUAGGAACCCAUCCUCCGAUGUGUGUACUGGUCCACAAACUGUGUACUUAAAUGCUGUGUAGCUAAUUGAAACCUUCCCGGGGGGUUGCUUUCCCCGUGCCCGUGUAUGGAUGGGUUAGCAACCCAACCAAAACCCACCCAUCCCCAUCGAAGAAUCGAUUUUAUCAGCUGCUAAACACAACGCUAGAACAAUUUCAAUGUAGCAACAAUUUUUAAAACUAAACAAUACACACACACACACACACACACAGUCACAUUACGACGGAUGGAGACGGCGUAAGUUAGCAAGCCAAAGUAGUCAGUCACCCAUCAGUUACCAGUAUCGACGUCUAGCUGAACGACCCCGUAACAGUAGCACGUUCCGUUGCAGGCGCAGGCGUUUAGAUGCUAGAUUCACUAGAAGUAAACGGAAAUCGGCAGGAGCCUUUAACAAACACCCCCAAACGAUACCCCUGAGUCGGUUACAAUUUUAGUUCUGUUCCAUCCGUUACCAUCUGGAUGAUAUUCGGAUGACUAUGACGAUAUCAUUUCUAUUUCAGGGUUUCGAAUCAUAUCGAACAGCGGGAUGCAUCAAAUGGAUAGUGGAAUAUUGCAUUCAGUUAGGGGAAUUUUUCAACACGGCUGUGGAAUCGUCACGUGACAAGGUUGACCCAAACACUUGAAAAAUUUCACUACAAAGUUCAAUAAUUUCUUCUAACUAAAUGCAACAAUUCCAUUGUAUGGUUGCAACUUUCCACCCCAGAAUUGCAAUAUCUCUUUAUCAAGUUAAAACAUCAGAUCGGUUCGGUCCGGUCGCUUCCCCGUGCAAGGUAAAACCUUCCAAGAAAGAAUGAGGUUGGAGCGUUCCACCGAGUGAAUCAAAAUUGUUCCACUGUACGAUUCGAAGCCCUGCAAGUUAACGCUUCGAACUGUUUGAUUGCCUUGAUGUCACAAAUGAAGUGCACCAAGCAACUUCUCUGUCACGUUACAUUUCAGCCCCGCAGUAGCUACUCUAACGUGAUGAGCCUACCCCAAAAGCGCUCCUGCUUCUGCUUUAGUUUUCUGCCGUUAGUUAGAUUUAGUUGUGCGGAUUUUAGCGUUUAGGUCAAUGACACAACAACAAAAAAACAGAGGUAUUAUUACACGUCAGUAUCGAAGCACAUGGACACUAGGACACUAGCUUCUAGGGCACAAUUAUGUACUACGACUGGUGUGUACUAGAUAGGUAUGCCGGCAGCAAGUGCAAAUUGUCGCAUUAUUAGUACUAUUGCACCCAGUUUUAAGUGUUUUCUUUUGUUUUGUUUUGUUUUUUCCCUUUUCUUACAUGUUCUUGAUACUUAAGUAUGUAUUGUGUUUUAUUGCAUUUUUUUUUGUUGUCCUUUACUUAAACUUCCACAGGGUUUUCAAUGACAUUUUGUUAGUUCUUUUGACACUGUACUUAACUUUUUUCUUUCAAUUAGGAUUACAGUUAAACUAUGAGGUAAAAUAUAGAAACUACCAGUUUAUUGUUUCCUUUUGGUAAGGGCUUUAAAGCAAGAGUCGUCAGGCAUCUUGGAGCAAAACGAAAAAAAGGUGAAACAAAAAUCCAAUCUGGCCAAUACUUACCCGUGUAGCAGGGUCUAGUACCUCUAUCCGCUCACCGUUCUCCUCACCAGUGGCUGUUUCGGCAGGUUUGAAGCGCAACAGCGUGAGGUGGGUGAGGUGCGAACAAAAUAAAACUAAAACAUUGUUACUAAAUGAACCUUUAACGACGACUGUAGGUCACCAUUUUACGGCAUUGCAUUGCACGUGUAGUGGCGGUAUGAAAGAAAAAAAAAUAGCAAACGCAACAAUCUCUUUCCUGUUUCGAGAAGAGAAACGCUUUUUGAAACCCCAAGAGGCACAAUACAACAACAACAAAAUCCUUCCCCAAAAUGCGCCCCGUUUCUUCCCCAACUGCUGGUAGAAAUGCACCAUUUAAAGAAACGUCACAACAAAAUAGUAGAAACAUGAGUUGAUAGUGUGUAAAAAAGAAGAAGGAUAAUUACUUACGAUCGUUGUUACGCUGUGAGAUGUGAGAACAGAACUGAGAAAAAAAAAAACAAAAACAAAUGAACGCUGAGUUGUUAUACAAAGAAUAAUGAGAAUGAGCUGAAGCACAAGAAAGUACUAUUAUGCACAACAAGAGAUUGAACGAUUGAACUCAUUUUGCUACAGGAAGGAAGCAAAAGUAAAAAGAGGCCAAAACAAAAUGGCUAAGAAUGGGGAACAGAGGGAAAACAUAACCACACAAACAAACAAACAAACAAAAAACUACCGUACGGGUUUGAGUUGAUGUUUCGAGGAUAAGAAAAAGCAAGAGAAGCACAGGGAAGCAAGCCGAACGAAACGAUGUGAAACCUAAUGGAUCAAGAAUAGAUAAAAAGUAAGAUUUAAAAAUCAAGGGUUCAGUAGAAAUGUUUAGCGAAUGUGGGUAGGGUUAACAGUGUCAAGGGAAAACAGUGAAGUGUGGAGAGGAAGCUGAAACUGAAACGAAAAGUGUAUAAUAAAACAGACGGAGAGGAUAUUAAGAAACGA